AUGGUAAGUCAGCAAAGAAGGGGACAUUGAGUGUGGUUUGAGGGAUGAAGAAUGAUUUUUUUCUUAUUGUCGAACAUCUGUACAACGAAUCCCGAGGGACCAAAAAAUGAGUUUUUAUAUGAAGGCUUCGUUGUACAGAGUUGCAUUUUGACCCAAAAUUGGUUCUUUGAAACUUUGAAAUUACUUGUUUAUUCGUUAUAGCCAGGCUAUGUUGUAACGGAGUUCAUUGCACAGAGCCCUGCAUAGAUUCUCUCUGCAUUUGUAUGGUAUGAUGUCGCAAUUUUUUAGUCGAUAAAAUUAGCCGGAAGAGAGGUAAAAAUGAGGCCGAAUUUGGAAUCAAAAAGUAUCAAAGAGACAUAAAAAGAGCUUCGAAAAGAGCGUGCUUUUCAGAAAGGCAGCCAAAGAAAUCUUUUGGAUACUUUUUGCGGCAUGAAAAGGGUCCUAAAAGGUAUCUCAAAAAUGUGCCUUACUCUGUAGAACGUAUCUUUUUUGAGCUUCUACGGUUUUGACAAAAAAAUGGGCUUACCUCGAUGGCCUGUUUGAUAUUCAUGAUGACAAAGUAACAUUUUUAGACAUUUUUUUGUCAUUUUCAUCCUUUUUUGGCAUUGAAAUUUUUCGAUUGAUUUGUAAUUUUUUUGUUAUAGAAAGUUCAAAUUAUAUUAUACAAAGUUUUCUUAUAAAUAGUUUGAUUAAACCUUAAGAUCAAAGUAUGAUCUGCAAAUGAGUUCUCCAAAUUUUAUUUUUUCUAUGAUUCAAUCUGGAAAUUUGGAAAAGAAACUAAUUUCCUUUUUUUUAUUUACGAACGCUGGCGAUCUUUGUCUUGACCACAAACUGAAGUCUUGAUUGUUUUACUGUGGUCAAGGUCAAGUGAUUCUUAGGAGACAAAUUGGCAUAGUUAAAAAAGUUCUGUCUGUCGUUAUACUACUAGAAGGAGAUUGAUGUGGGGCGGACAAAAUAGAAUAUAAAAACUCUGCAAAACGCGAGUUGGAGUCUCGGAUAUAUCUUUUGCUAAACUCUGAGCUUUGGGGUACCUCACUAUGUUAUAAAACUAUUAUAAAAUACAUGAUUUUUGUUCAGCCCUUGUUUAUUUUAGAGGAUAACGAAAACAUUCGAACGCUUCUAAUUUCGCAAACCAUAGAUCCUCACUCAAUUUCAUUUCACGGGCAAAUUGUUUACUCCAGUUUUUUUUGGUGAAUUCGGCAUUCGGAAAGAGUUUCUUUGUCCAAAAGGGUUCUUGGCUCAAAUAUCUCUCCUCCAUUAGGCCUGAGAGCCUCAGAAUUGUAAAUUAAGUAAGUGAGUAACUGGUUUUUUGACUUUAAUAGAAUUAGUUAGUUACCUUCCUAUCGAAAAUAAAAUUUCUGGCUCUACAUCUUCCACCAUUAUUUAAGAAAUUUUCUCUAAAGUAAAUGGCAUAUUAAGGCAGUUUUAUAACUCAAAAAAACGCCACUUUGCUUUUGAUUUCUGGUGGCUUGCAGACAGGUUUAUGGGGUUUGUUUGGAGGGGGAUUUUUCGAUACAAAUCUACCUACAAUCAAAUUUUGGAGUUCUCAGAGGAAAAAGAAUUAUUGCCUGAGGGUGCAAGUGGUCAAGUUGAAGAAAACUUGGAUAAAGUGUUUAUUGGCCCAGAGCAACCUCUAUCUAAAAUUUUCUAAUCGCGUUAUGCGGAAAUAUGGCUUUCCGCGUUAUGCAGAAAACCUCCUUGAUGUGGAACUUUGAAAUUCAAAAAAUCUCAUUUUUCCUUUUGAAAAUUUUUCUACAGUACUCAAAUUUGACCUCAGACAAAGGUUUGAUCACUCUUUCGGGCUCAAAUUCCCCUAAACAACACCAGUUUUAUUGCCGCAAAUUUAUCGCUGCCCAAGUUUUACGGCUUUUCUUUAUUAUGGAGUUCUUUUUUUUCGUUUUCCAUCUAGGGAAAUCAAGAAACACAUUUCGUUCGUUACGACUUUGCUGCCUAGAUAAGAACAUUGUGUUGGGUCGGAUUCGAGUUGAAAUGGUAGGCUAAACAUUGCACUUGGAUAUUAAGUUUGGGUCCCGCCACGAAAGCUUGGCAUUCCGUUUUUAUACAUCGAAAUUAGCAGAUUUAAGCCGAUUUGAAUGCCAAUACCAUUCUUCUUACCGUAUCUUAGCUUUGAUUUCAAAAAUUCUAAUUUUCCUCAAAGUGUAGGGCGCAGCUUGCCAACCCGAAACCUUUGAUUUGUCGCUAAAACAGUAAUCAUAAAGCAAUAAUGAGAGGUCUCAGUGCCUCUAAAUAUCACUCCCCAAGAAAUUUGAAUUAAUUUCCUUACGUUUCUCGAUAGUUUUAUAUUGCUCAUGACCAUUUCCAAUAUCAAGACUUGUGAUUCACAUGUUUUUUCGAUUCCAACUAAAAUCAUAAAAUAACAAAGGCGAGAACCCGGAAUCUCAAGACAUUGCGCCUUGUUUGUGCAAGACGCAAUGUCUCCCCUCGUCUGGUCUUUCAUCUAGACACUUCAUAAAGUUAAAGUAUAAUAUACCAAAUUUCGACGAGAAAAAUAACAACCUUGUUUAUUUGACAAGGAAAGUACUUUUAUGGGGGCUCCUACUUUUUGACGGGACAUAUCUCAAAAAAUCAGAAAAAAUGUUAUGAUCAAGGAUAUAUAAAUCUUAACUGCCCAUUUUAGGUUUUUAGGGGUGAAAACUCAAUCGGAAGUUGACUUAAAGUCCUAUAUGAACCCCUUUUCGCCUAAUUUUUCACGGGUUUACAAUUUUUAUUUUGGCUUAAAAUUAUGUUUAUUGAGUUUCUAAGACGUAAUAAAUCAGUAUUGGCCCAAAAAUUUAUUUUUACGACCUUCAACUUCAAAAAAGUUGAUUCAGCCCAAAAGGGAAAUCGAACCCGUGCGGCGUCCCCUCUUGAUUCCCAGACUACGCCACUAACCACUCGGCCACACCGCUCUGUUCCGAAGGAAGAGACCGACUGCGCUUUUUAUCGUUUCGAAUGCAUGCGCCUUUUGUAGGGAAAUUGAGCCAGUUUUUGGGCAUUUUCACCCCUAAAAGCCCAAAAUGGGCAGCUAAGAUUUAUAUAUCCUCGAUCAGCACAUUUUUUCUGAUUUUUUGAGGUGUGUCCCGUCAAAAAGUAGGAGCCCCCAUAAAAGUACUUUCCUUGUGAGUAAUCCAGAUGGUGUAGUUUUGCUCAAAAUAGAAUUACUUCAUACUUUUUUGGCAGUUUUAGUGUUUUUCAAUUUUUUGGUGGGACAAAAUUUAUGUCUAGUGUAAUAUAAAAAAAAUGGUCGGAAAUAUGUUUUACUGACUUAGUUAAAUCCUAACUACUCCGAUGUGGGGGUCAACGCAUAUUUUACGUCAUCGAGAUUUUCGAAGGUUUCAAUUUUGCAAGGAUGACGUAUUUUUUAGACGCUGUUGAUAACCUUGUGAAUUUACAUUGAUAGAAUUGCCAAAAUUUGCAAGAGAACAGUGUAUUCGAUGCCUAUCAGAUGCUAUUUUGCUUUGCACAAAACUCGUCAUUAUAGAGAUGUCAUGAUGACGGAUUUUCUGGAAUUUUCUCAAAAAUGUUGAUUUUUUUCGAUUUUUUUCGUAAAACCAUUUCGAUGCUCUCAAAAUUUGAAAGAGUUUUGUAUUUUAGUUGAAAGUAUAUUUUUUUCUUCGUAUUUCAGGCAAUAUUUCCUCUAUUUUCAGCCAAAAUUCGAGGCACGCUACGGCCGCGUGGACGAGCCCAAGGAAUCGGCGGCCAAGAAAGCCAUGGCCAAGGCCUGCGAGUCGAUCCGCCCGCGCGCAUUGUUCGGCUUCCUCUCCUCGCUCCUGCCCAUCCUGGAAUGGUUGCCGGCCUACCGGUGGAAGGAGGACUUUAUGAGUGAUCUGAUUGCAGGUGUCACGGUCGGAAUUAUGGUUGUUCCGCAAGGUAGGCGGUGGUUUGUUGGUUGAAUUGGUGUUGAAAAUACGUCUAGGUCUUUUGAUCAACUGCUGAAAUUCAUUUUACGUCUGUUUGCGGUCAGGAAAUUAGUUUUUUCAUUGAUUUUUUGUUGGUUUGGCUUGUUUUUUGAGGGAUAAGAUAAUUUUUGACGGUUUGUGGUGAAGUCUUUAUUUUUUAUACACUUUCUAUUCUUGAAUAGGUCUAUUUACUCAGUUUGCAUCACUUAACAAUUAUUUUUGCCGAGUUUUUCUCCGUUUUCGAUCUAAAUUUUUAUCUUUUUUGAUCUUGACACCUACAAUAAUAUAUUUUGUAAAAUACACCCUUCAACUCGAAUCAUUUUCAGGUAUGGCCUAUGCCAGUCUGGCCAAUGUGCCUCCAGUGGUCGGUCUGUACGCCAAUUUCAUCGCCAUCUUCAUCUACAUGUUCUUCGGGACCUCCCGACACAUUUCCGUUGGGACCUUCGCCGUCGCGUCGAUGAUGGUCGGGAACGCGCAAAUUAUUCAAUUCGAGAAUUUCAACGCCACUAUGUCGGCAUGGGAGCCUCAGAUGACCAAGUUUGGAGUUGCAGUCAGCCCUCUCACCUUGACUUCCUCCUUGACUUUGGGCGUUGGCGUGGCGCAGCUGGUCAUGGGACUGUUUCGGCUCGCAUUCCUCACCAAAUACAUCUCCGACCCGCUGGUGUCGGGAUUCACAACCGGUGCGGCGAUGCACGUCUUCAUGAGUCAGGUGCCGAAGGCGAUGGGAAUCAAAAUCCCAGCCACGCCGGGCAUCGGAGAGCUGGUCCACAAGGUCAUCAAUUGCAUCUUGGGCAUCCCCAGAAUUAAUUGGGUGACCUUCACGAUUGCCCUACUCGGAUGCGCGUUCCUUUGGCUAGGCAGGGACUUUCUGAAUCCCCCAUUCCAGAAGCGGUUUAAACUCCCGAUCCCAUUCGAACUGAUCUUGGUGAUUGUGUCGAUUGUGGCCUCGCAAGUGUUUGGAUUCAAUAAAAAUUUCAAGGUUUCGAUUGUGAAACAUGUGCCUAAUGGGUGAGUCGUUUGAUUUUGGAAUUUUUGGAAUUGGUUUUUAGGGAAUUUAAAGGAGUUUUGGAGAUUUUGGAUAUUACUUUAGGUAUUUUAAGAAUAUGAGAUAUUUUUGGUAAUGUCAAAGGGUUGAUUGUGGUAUGGAAAAGCUAGAAGUGGUUCUUAGAGCCGACUAGACGUAUUUUUGCGUUUAUUUUGAGAGAUUUUAGAGCUGGAUGUCAUGGAUAAUAUAUGUCAAAAAUGGCAAUAUCAAUGUAAAAAUGAAUUUUAAAGGGAUUAAUAGGAAUCACAAAUGAAGUUUAGAGGCUGUUUUUCAGAUUUUAAGGUAUUUUUGGACGGAUAUAUCAGUUUUUUAUUAGUGACGCCAAGUGUAAUAUAAUUGAAAAUCGAUGAAAAAUGGAUUUUUGUAACUCUUGAGGUGUUGAUUGGUUUCCCAAUUGAUCUGUAAGACGAUGAUUUUUUGCGUCUUAUACUUUUGCAGGUCCAUGAAAUCUUGUUCUAGACUAAUGAUCAUAUCAUUUCAGACUUCCACCAUUUGCCCUCCCCAACCUCUCGAUCAUACCUCACAUUCUUCCCGACAUCAUCUCCAUUUCGAUUAUUUGCUUUAUGUUCGCCUUCUCCAUGUCAAAACUCUUCGCCAAGAAGCACAAGUACAAGGUGGACGCCAACCAGGAGCUCCAUGCGUUGGGCAUUGUCCAUGCAAUCGCUUCUUGUUUCCCGGUUUAUCCGGUCGGUGCCUCUUUGUCGAGGUAAAAUCAUCGGGGUUUUUACCAUUUUUAUCAAAUUUUUUAUCUAGUGUUAUAUCAUUUUGUUUUUGUAAAAUCCAAUUUUUUUGCCUCCAGAUCCUCGCUGUGUGAGCUCGCUGGUGCCAGAACUCAACUGAACGCCAUCUUCACGUCGGCUUUACUAUUUUUUGUUAUCAUGUUCAUUGGCCAUUUCCUCGAACCCCUCCCGAUGGCUGUACUCGCGGCAAUUGUUAUGGUCUCCUUGAAGAGUUUGUUCAUGCAGUUUGGAGACAUUCCAAGGCUCUGGAAACUCUCAAAAAUUGAUUGUGUAAGUGUUGAUUUUGAGGAUUUUUUUAAUUUUUGGAAAAUGAGAUUUUUUGACCUUUUUUGGACAUAAAAAACCAAAAAACAUAGAGUUUUAUAGCUGUUGCCCAUGAUCGCCACACAUUUUGAGCAAAAGAAAUACCAAAAGCUUGAUUUGCCGCCAGCAGGGGUCGAACCUGCGACCUUGGGCUUAUUAGACCCACGCUCUAACCGACUGAGCUAUGGCGGCACGGGUAGAAUUUUUUGCGGAAAUGGCUAGGAACGGUCUCAAAAGGGCGCAAAGUAGCUGGUUUAGGAUUGUGAAAGAAAAAAUAGAGGAGAAUUCGAGUCAAUAUUACUUCAAAAAUACCUUUUUAUAUUAGGUUGGACGGAAAGUUCGUACGAUUUUUUACCCAACUUUCAAUUUAAUUUUUUUCGCGCCAAGACCGAUUGCCCACUGUAAAUACCUAGCAUAUACAAGAGUACAGUGUGAAGAUUUAUAUGCUACGUGCCAAUCGUUAGCUCCGCCAAAACGAGCUUAAUUAUAAGAGGUAUUCCGCGUAUUGCUUAUGAUCUGUCUCUGUAAUAGGGUUCAGUAAGGCAUAUGGAGAGCCCUUUAAGUGCAACAUCAGUAAACCGGAUCAUAGACGCCUCGGGUUAUCCACAAAGAGACAAAAUUGCCAAAAACUAUAGCUGUAGAGAAAUGCGUAUAAUUUUGUGACAGUUAACAAUGGCAGCCCGUUGUUUCGCGAAGUAGUAGAGCAAUAAAGCGGCUCUAUUUUGCACCCAAGAAAGGGAGGAGUGGAAAGAUGUUAUGAGCUCUUUUUAGAAUUGUACGGGAUGAUCCAACAGUUCACCAACGAUUUUUUGAGAAAAGUAAUUUAGUAGUUAUUAUGUCGUACGGCAAAACAGUUGGCUAUUGAGGGGUAGCUGAGUGUAAGGGAUUGUCCUUAGUUUCUGCAUAUCAUAGUUUUACACAUAUAAAUGCACCGGCAAAGCGGCGGUUGCAGUUAUACUCAAACUUGGGGUGGUCCUGCAAAAGUCAAAUUUUAUGGCUAUGUUUUGAUUUAGUCCCCGGCGACUUUACGCAUAUUAAGAGCUACAAAAGAAGGCUUUUUAGCAGUGCCAAAACAAUUUCCUGGUAGGCCUUAUUAAACAAACCAGCCAAGGAUUUGUAAUUUUGGACCAAAGAUGGGUAAAUGUCUAAAUUAAGUUCUCAGUUCGUACAUGCUUAAGAUGGUUGAGGGUUGUACUGCCAGAUAGGGAUGCCUGUCUUCUACCAAUACCAUAUAUUUGUGUUUGUCUUUUUCCAUCAGCGCACGAAAAAAUAGCAGCAGUAAAAAAUCGUACGAACUUUCCGUCCAACCUAAUAUUAUCCAUGAGGUCAAAUUGAAAAAAAAAUUUUGCUGCAAAAAUAUUAAGAGUUAGGAAAACGGGUGUAAAAUACGUGAUAAUGACAAUUUCUGUCCUUCAGAUCACCUGGAUAGUCGCUUGUUUCACCACCAUGCUCUUGGAUGUUACACUUGGUCUCGCCAUUUCGGUCGCCUUCGUCAUCAUGACCCUGGUCCUCCGCGAGCAAUGGCCUCAACUCGAUUGGCUAGCCUCGACCGAAGAACGCGACGUCUUCAAACCGGCCGGAAAAUAUCAAGGAUUACUCUCUACCGGCGAAACAGAAGACGUAAAAGUUCUGAAAUUCGGAUGCCCAUUGCACUUUGCUAAUGUCGAAAAAUUGGUCGAUUUUGUCAGUGAUUAUCUUGUACAGAUUGCCUCGGCCCCACCAAAGUCGAUAAAAGUCACGGAUUUGAAUGGAAAGGUGAGUUAAAAUGGUUUUGAAAAAAUUUUUUAAAUGUUUUUGAAAUUUUUUUUACAUUUAAAUUUCGAACUUCAGGAUUAAUAAACACGAAUUUUAGACCAAUGUGGAGGAUGUUCGACCCCAAAAUACCCUUGUCUUGGACGGUGGAGCCAUUGCCUACGUGGAUUCGAUGGGAAUUGAAGCCCUGGUUGAGUGCUAUAAAGAUGCGGAAAAAGUUGGAGUCAGAGUGUUUUACGCCGACUUCUCAGGUAUCAAUUUUAUUUUGAGGGGUUGAAAAUACACUUGAUAGAAAUUUAGGAUGUGUUGUUAGAAGAUUUAUGAAGAAAAAUAAGAAAAAUUAGCGAAAAAUUUUCAUAUUAUUCAUGUAGAAUAGAUGCUCACGAGUUUCUUUUGAGACAAUCAGUGGGCUAAAAAAAGAGAAAGCUUAUCAAAAAAGUUGAAUAUGUCAAAAAAAUAACAAAAAAAGGUUAUUUGCCGCCAGCAGGGGUCGAACCUGCGACCUUGGGCUUAUUAGACCCACGCUCUAACCGACUGAGCUAUGGCGGCACGGUUUGUGGUUUUUUGGGAAAUUGCUAGGAAUGGACUGGAAAUAACGAAAAUAGUAGUAAUUUGAUAAUCCAAUGAUUGGUAGGGUAAUAUUUAGUAAUUUUACGUAUGUUUAGACGUCUUUACCACUAGGAACUUUAACUUUAAUCUAGUGUAAUAUAAGUCAAUAAAGUCAAAAAUCCUAGCGGUAAAGAUGGAAAUACUCAUUAAAAAUUAGUAAUAGCAGUGUGGAGUAGUCAUUUGAAUAAUACGGUCAACAUUUUUUAGUCGCACCCGACUUAACUACGUAAAAAUCCGCUUUUAUAUCCCACUCAACGUGACACCGCGGAAAUGUAGCAUUCGCGGGGAAUUGCGUGCUUGACGCAAUAAUAAAACCGUUUUAUCGAUUCGACGGCCAAACGGCUUUAAGUCGAAAUGCAUGUAUGUUAGCUUAAGCGAGCAUAUAAUUGUAGGGAUUACACUUAAACCAAUUUAAUUGGGAAAAAUGUUCAAAACAUAAGUGGAGAUGGAAGAUAUGAAUGGGAAAGGGAGAUAAAGUAGGUGUUUUGGAUAAGGAAAACGGAGUUUUUACUGUGUUUUUAAAAAAAAUCUCGUCUCUUUUGAGCUGAGGAAAUGAUAUCGGGUAUUGAUGGAAUUUGGGGUAAAUAUGGGAUUGUAAAAAUCGAAAAAUCUCAUUUUUAAAGUUUUUCAAAAAGAGGCUUUUUUCUCUUUUUUAUUAGAAAACUUCUCUCUUUUCGAAAAAGUCCAGAAAUAAGAUUUUUUUUGAUUUUUAAGGCCCUACAGUGACCGGGACCUGAUCAAGUGGCAAAAAAUGUACCAUUUUGCAUCCGGGAAGUAUCAAAAAAUGUAGCAAAAUGCCUACCUCUCUAACUGAAAAACUCCGUUUUGAAGGGCGCGCCUUUUCCCUCACAUAAAGAGUGGGCGCGCUUUUUAAAUCGAAGUUUUUCACUUGGAGAGGGAGGUAUUUUGCCACAUUUUUGAUACUUCCCAGAUGCAAAAUGGUAUGUUUUUUGUCGCUGGAUCAGGUCCGCCACUGUAUGUAUCCAUGAUUUCUGCAAAUAGGCGAUUCAAAAAGCUCACAAAACUGCUUAAAAAUCGUGGUGUUUGUUCAUACCAAACUUUUCCAUCAAAAAUUGGAUUUUUUAGCCAAAAUUUGCAUAAAAUAAAGCCGUAAUCCAUUUUUACUACGAUUUUUUGUUGUUGUGAAUUUUGAAUCCAUUUCCACCAGGUUUCCUGACUUUUGUUAGGAUCUCGGUUUAUGACCGCUUAAAUUUACAACCAUAAUUCAAUGAUCCCCGGAAGCCAUUGAGCUCCUCACUUUUAUCGAAAAUGGUUUUCCAUUUCAAUUUCGGUCCCAGCAGAUUAGCAUUUCCAUUAUAAGCCUCCAAAAAACCCGCUUUUCCGGCUCAGCUCUGGACUUCGAAAACAAUCUUUAUGACAUUUAAACGGUGGGAAUGUACCGUAUUCUUGAAGCGGAUUUUUAACAAUUUUUCGAGGUUUUUGGAGUUACCUGCUUUGCUAAAAUAGUAUGAAAAAAUGUAGUGUAGAGUGAUGACUGCGUUUUGAAACAGUGUAAUGUACUAUGUUGGCAUGAUGUAACAAUUUUGUUUCGUGUAGUCGGUAGUAAACCAAAGUUUAACGACGUUUUUUUGAGAUUUGCUUGACGUUUUCCGGCGCGAAAUGUUGGUGAAGUGAAGUAAAGCCAAUGUUCAUUAUAGGUUGUACGUAGUUUUUUUUUGUAUUUUGAGGGCAGCUGGUCCUCAUUACGUUUGAAGUGACAAUUUAUUUCCUGCGUCCAAUUUUUUUUUAAUCUUGAGUUUUGGAGGAUAUGAGGACAAUUGGAAAAAAGUGAAGAAAUAAAUGGUUUACCUGAUGGGCAUUACAAAAAAUAUUGUUGAAAAUUAAGUAUUUUACAAUGAAAGAAGCAAAAUUUUGAAUUGCCGCCAGCAGGGGUCGAACCUGCGACCUUGGGCUUAUUAGACCCACGCUCUAACCGACUGAGCUAUGGCGGCACGGCUUGAGGUCUUACGGGAAGCUACUAGGAAUGGACUGGACGUGACGAAAAUAGUUAUGAAGAAAAAUAGGAAAAAUUGGCGAAAAUUUUUGAAUUUUUAUAUUAUUGAUGUGAAAUAGAUGUCCACGAGCUUCCUCUAAGGUAAUUGGUGGGCUAAAAAAACAGAAAGCUUAUCAAAAAAUUGAUUAUGUCAAAAAAUACCGAGAAAAAGUUGUUUGCCGCCAGCAGGGGUCGAACCUGCGACCUUGGGCUUAUUAGACCCACGCUCUAACCGACUGAGCUAUGGCGGCACGGCCUGAGGUCGUUUGGGAAGUUACUAGGAAUGGACUGGAAGUGACGAAACGGUAGUAAUACGGAUUGUAAUGUUACAUAUUUUUAGACGCCUUUACCACUUGGAACUUUAACUUUUAUCUAGUAUAAUAUAAGUCAAUAAAGUCAAAAAUCCUAGCGGUAAAGAUGAUAAUGCUCGUUAAACAGUAGUAAUAGCAGUGUGGAAUAACAUUUGAAUAAUACGGUCAAAAUUUUUGUCGCACCUGACCGUAAAAAUUUUGGUUUAUUAAUAAAAAUGAAGAAGUGUGUUACUAUCAAUUUAAUCUAGUAUUUUUACGGAAAAAGUGUAUACGAAUUGACCUUUUCAAUAUUUUUAGUUAAAAAAAAUUUUUUUGAAUUUUUCCGAAAAAUGUUUCCUGAAAAUUAAGAUGUUUGAAAAGUGUAAUAAAUUAGUGGUAAUUGAAACAUAAUGCGUUGGAAUGAUGAUAAUGUGUUCUUUCAGACCUUGUGAUCGACUCCUUGACCCGAGCCGGCUUCUUCCAGACCGUCCCCAAAGACAAUUUCUUCCCGACGGUGCGCGAUGCGGUCGAAACAGCGCGAACAACAUGA